AUGCAUCGUAAACCGGGGGGACAACCUGUUUUGUCAAACAAUGAUGAACAAUGUUUGAUGGAUGGACUCCUUGUAUGUGCAGAGUGGGGUUACCCACUACACGCUGCAGACGUGAAAGAUGUUGUGCAGUCUUUUCUGAACCGGGAGGGUAGGGUAGUGAAGCGUUUCAAAGACAAUAGGCCUGGAGAGGAUUGGACUUGGAAUUUUUUAAAAAGACACCCCCAACUGACCAAUAGGUUCGCGGAGAACAUCAAGAGGUGCAGAGCAGCAGUUGAUGCUGAGGCAGUAAAAAGCUAUUUUGAACACUUAGACAAAACUCUUGAGCCUGAAGGAAGUGCUGCAAUUCCACCUGAAAAUUGGGUGAACUUCGAUGAAACAAAUUUUUCCGAUGACCCCGGAUCCAAAAAAGUAAUUGUGCGUCGAGGCUGCCGCCGUCCAGAAAGAAUAAUGGACCACUCUAAAAGCUCCACUAGUGUUAUGAUGGCAGUAAAUGGGAGGGGUGAUCUACUGCCACCAUUCACUGUGUACAAAUCUCAAUUUUUGUACCCCACCUGGAUAGAGGGUGGUCUCCCAGGAAUGAGAUAUGGAUGUAGCAAGAGUGGGUGGUUUGACAUGCGCCUGUUCGAGGAAUGGUUCAUCACGGUGGCCCUCGUCUAUUUUCGUGACAAAGUGGGGAGAAAGUUGUUGAUUGGUGACAACCUAGCCAGUCACUUCUCAGCUGAGGUUAUAAGACUGUGUAAGCUGAAUGGCAUUGAUUUUGUUUUCUUUCCGCCAAAUUCUACCCACUUAUUCCAGCCGUUGGAUGUUGCAGUUUUCAGAAGCAUGAAAGCUGCCUGGCGUAGCACAUUAGGAGAGUGGAAGAAGAGGAACAGAGGUGCUGUGCAAAAAUCUGUGUUCCCCAGACUUUUGCGUGAAGCUAUAGAAUCCAUGGGGGACAAACUUCGAGCGAACAUCAUUGCUGGAUUUAGGGCUACUGGUCUAAUCCCAUUAGACAAAGAGGAGGUGCUCAAGAAGCUACCUAAGCAAGCAGAUGAUACUUCACCAAAUUGGUGCGAUGCUCUAAGAGAAAAGUUGGAGGAGACACGAAAAGGUGACACUCCUAAAAGUCGUGGGAAACGCGUGACUGUCCAUCCAGGGCAGAGCAUCACAACAACAUGUUUGAAUAAUGACACCGACAAUAACGUCCUGCAAACUGUUAAGGCGGAAGAAAAGGCAAUUAAUGCAUUUGAAGUAUAG